AUUAUUAUUGUUUCAAUAGCAACAGCCAAAUAUGUAACAUCUAAAUGAAAACAUAUGCGAGCGUGACAAGAUAGUGAUUCAAUUAUCAAAUAUGUGAUGGGGCACGUGAAAAUAAACCUACUUGACCUUGUAAGUCAAAGUGAUGGACGAAAUUCCAACGUCGUCAUCAUCAAAUUUACAACCAUCAGAAGAAGGAUUUGAUACUGGGAUCACAUCGGUCGAAGGUGCAAAUAGUGGGGAUAUCAAUCAACCUAUUGAAAGCGAUUUUAAUGAAGCAACAACAUCUUACCCACACAACACAUUAAAAGCUGCAAAUGACAUUGAACACGAAGAUGAAGCAUUUAAAGACUGCUCCGAAGGUCAUGAUUGGUCGCAAAUGCCAGAUACUGUCAUGUUACGUAUUUACAUGUUUCUCUUCCGUGACAUAGACCGUAGUCGCCUUGCCUUGACAUGUAAACGACUUUAUAAUCUCUUUCAAACCGCUUGCCUGUGGAGGAGAAGAACAUAUAAUUUGACUGGCAUGCCCCAAAAUGAGCAAAUAAAAGCACUGGGGUUUUCCAAAAAACAUGGAGCCCACCUACGCUACAUUAAAAUAUACUGCUAUCACCCUUCCUAUAAUAUUUGUAAACGCUUUCAAAAGACGGUGACGACUUUUCUUGGGUAUAUCCACCUCAAGGCCAGGCUUCGUGAAUUCAGGUUACUUCAUCUUGACAUCGACAGAUACUGGCGGUUCGAUUUCAUAAGACAAAAAUUAUUUUGUUCUCUUGCAAGAUUUUUCCGUCAUCAAAGAGCAAUGAGAGUAUUCGACAUGUCUUCUGCCUCGGUAUCACUUCCUGGUGGAUGCAGGCUGCUUUUUGCUCUAGCAGAGGGUGCCAAGAACAGUCUAGAGGACUUAAACCUAACAGAUUAUUUCCAAUCAAGAUCAGAUGCCAGAAAUAAUCAACGGUUUCAACGCGCAAUGAGCCGUUUCAACAAUUUAACGGUUCUCCAACUGAACUACAACUGUGUGAGUGACGACCUACUUCUUGCAAUAAGUAGUUCUUGCGGAACUACACUGAAACUCUUGAGAAUUAAGGUACAUAGGUACGACCCACAUCAUCACCAAAUUGAGAAGGAAACAUGGAAAGCAGUUACAAAAUUAAGUCCCUACGUGAAUGUAGAAAUGUCGUUUUGGUACAUUGGUCGCUAUAGUGAAUUGUCCCGCCUCCUUGUAUCCAAAAUGCCGCUGACGUACCUCUACAUUCGUUCAGGAAGUGACCACGAAGAUGAAUGGCACCUUAAUCAGUUGGUAAUGCAUAUCGCUGGCUUUUUCUCAAAAACAUUAGAAUAUUGUCACCUUGAUCUGGUGAACACACAUGAGUUGAUCGACUCCUCCCUCUUAGAAAUGCUUCCAAAGAUGAAGAAUCUCACAAGCCUAGAGUUGAACUGCAAUAUUAUAGUUAACACAAUGGAAGAGAUUUGCAAACUACAACGAGACUUUAAAAUUGGCCUCCAAAGGUGCAUUGUGACGGCGUUGGGUCUAACUGAACUAGAAUACAGCAUGAUGUCGGCUAUUAAGGCAGCUUAUAAAGAUAUGAUUGAACACAGGGGACUUGAUUUUGACUUCAGUACGGACUAUGUUGUAUCAUGAUCUGUUGCAGAAAAACAAGCAUUAGCCCUCAAUCUAUCAAGGAACAACAAAACAAGAAAUAUAUAUUUUUCAUACUA